AGGACACAUCUUCGACUUCACAUGUGUCUUUCCUCCCCACACUCACCAUGGUUGUGCAAAGCAAACACUUCUUGAAUUCACCUGAAUCUCUUGUUGUUGAGUCACUCGAAGGAUUAUGCGCUGUGAACCCCCAUUUGGCUCUUGAUGCCACAAAUAAAGUGGUCUAUGCUGCAUUUCCCGAUCGUUCAAAGGUUGCCCUUCUUUGUGGUGGAGGUUCCGGUCACGAACCUUCUCACUCUGGCUUUGUUGGUGAAGGCAUAUUGACUGCUGCCGUUUGCGGAAAUGUUUUCGCUUCUCCUAGUUCCAAUCAAGUUAAACGUGGCAUUGACCUUGUCGACAACGACAAAGGGACCGUCAUCAUCGUAAAGAAUUACACAGGAGACAUCCUCAACUUUGGGCUGGCUAAAGAACACUAUGCUGCUAGUCACCCUGAAAAAUCAGACAAUGUAAAAUUUGUCAUCGUGGGCGACGACGUUGCUGUGGGCAAAACGCAAGGCAGUAUCGUCGGCCAACGAGGGCUAGCUGGCACAUGUCUAGUUUACAAGGUCGCAGGAGCCCUUGCACACCGAGGAGGGUCUCUUAACGAAGUCUACAACGUCGCUCAAUGGGUGUCAUCACGACUGGGGACCAUUGGCGUAGGCUUGGAACAUUGUCAUGUACCGGGGACUGGAGUGCCUGAUACCCACCUUGGAGCUCAAGAAAUUGAGAUCGGCCUUGGAAUUCACAACGAAAGUGGCUACAGACGCGUUUCACCGGUCCCUCCUUUGAAGGAACUCGUCCCAAGUCUUCUUGAGAUGAUUAUCUCAACUACCGAUCCGGAGCGUUCAUUCCUGCCAUACCAAGGAAAGGGCAAAGACAGUGUCGUUCUGCUCGUUAAUAACCUAGGGGGUCUUAGUGAGCUGGAGCUCGGUGCUAUUACGCGUGCAGCGCGACUCUCCCUCGACGAAAAGGGUAUCUCGAUUCAGCGUGUACUUUCAGGUAGUUUUAUGACCAGCCUCAAUAUGCCCGGGUUUUCGAUCACCCUGCUUCUCCUGCCAGGUUCUCAUGAUCAUACAAAUAUUUCGUCUGACCUCAUACUUUCCCUGUUGGAUGAUGAUACAAAUGCACCUGGUUGGAAGUGGUCGUCCAAAUCUACUCCUUCCCGUACUACCUCUCAAACUGUUGAAGCUUCUCCUACGGAUACAACAGGCCGCACAGCUCACCUGAAAGCUCCAGAUGUAGGACUCUUCAACGCAGCAGUCCAGAGAGCCUGCCAGGCACUCAUUACUGCUGAGCCUGACAUCACCAGAAUGGAUAGCAUUGCCGGUGAUGGUGACUGUGGACUGACCCUCAAGGCCGGGGCUUCAGCUGUCCUGAAGGAACUGGCUAAUGGUACUGUUACUGGGGACGAUGUCGUUGGCAGUGCCAUUACUGUUGCCCGAGUUGCGGAAGAAGCCAUGGGAGGAACGAGCGGGGCGUUGUACUCCAUCUUUUUCUCUGCGCUUGCGCGCAACCUUGAGAUUUCUAAAUCGCCUCUGGCAACUCUUGAAGUCUAUUCCACUGCACUCUCGUCGUCUCUCCAGACUCUCUAUACUUACACUCGCGCUCGCCCACCCUCCCGUACACUUGUUGAUCCACUUGCUGCGUUUGUGGAAGCAUUACCGAAAGGAGCGGCCAGCGCAGUGCGAUUGGCGGGUAGCGCGGCAGAGCAUACGCGAGAUGUAGAAGCAAAGGCAGGACGCAGUGCAUAUGUCGAAGGCGAGCGCCUCAAAGCGGAACAUGUACCUGAUCCUGGUGCUUGGGGAGUAAAAGUCGUCCUGGAAGCGUUGGUUGCGUGAGUAUGGACUCGAGCAUGUAAUUAAGGUAAAGGUUUGGUCUUGGAAUGAAGAGGUUUGUGGCUAGUUUCAAAAGAAAAGCAAAUUUCUGGUUGUAUGGAUCAUGGAUGAAAUAGCUUGGCAGUGCUUCUGUGUAUGUACGAUAAUUCUCAUCAUGGCGAAUGUAUGGCGUACCUUUAGCGUGUAUUUUUCUUUGUUCCAUAUCCGAGGACUUUGUUUCGUGAUGCG